AUGGAUGAAUAAAUGAUAAUUAGUUAGCAUUCAUUAGAAUAAAAUUAGUAUAUUAAAUAAAAUUAUGAUUAAAAAAAUUCUAUAAAUGCUUCCCAAUAAAUUCAAGUAUAAAACUCAAAUUAAAAUAACUUUUUAAUAUCAAAUUAAAUAGACAUAAAUAAUAUAUCUAAUUCCUUAAUAUAAUAAAAUAAAAAUGAAUUACUUGCUAAAUAUUCUAGUAUUCUAAAUGAAGCAAAAAAUUAAACAUUAAUUAAAUUAUAUUCAUAAUAAUCAAUUAAUAAUUUCAAUUCGCUUUACAAUUCUAAUUAAGUUAAUUAAAAUUAUAAAUUUUAAAGAGAUGAUUAGAAAUUUUAAGAAAUUCUUAAAUAAAACAAAUAUGUUAAAAAUAAUUUAAAUACGAAUAAUAAAACUUAAAAUGAAUAAAUUAUUUAAAACAAUUAACCAUAAAAGCUUAUAGAUUAAUCUGAAAAUAUUUAAUUUUAAAAAUUAUUAAAUAAUAAUUUCGAAAAUAAUUUAAAUGAAAUAAAUUAAAAUUAAUUAUAAUAAUAAAAUUAAUUAAUUAAUAAUAAAUAAAAUUUUGAUUAAAAUUAUAACAAAAAUACACAUAUAUAAUAUAAAGAUUAACAAAAUACAAAAAUUUUAACUAAUCAGAAUACAAAAAAUUAAAAUAAAAUUAUAAAUUAAUAUAGUUAAUAAGUUGAAGACUUUAUUGAAUAAUAAAACAUAAUUAUUUAAAAUUAAGAAUAAUUUACAGAAAAUAAUAAUGAAUUAAGUGAAUUAAAAAGUAAAUCCAUAAAUAAAGAAAAGAGUAAUAGUAAUGAAAAUAUCUUAUAAUAAAUGACAUAUUUAAGAUAAAAAGAACAUUUAGAACCACUUUAUAAUAAUUAUUAUGAUUUAAAUUAAAAAAUAAUAAUUGUUCAUUUGAUUUACAAAAUUUACAAAAUUAAAAAUAAUAAUUAAAUUAAUUUCAAAAAAAGAACUAAUUCAUCAAUAAAUAUAUUUAAUAAAAUUCAUAAGAACUAAAAUAAAAAACAAAAAAUAAUGAAUUAAUUUAAAAUCCAAAUUAAUAAAGUUAAUAAUAAAAAAUUAUAUUAUAACAAUACUAAUAUUAGGUAAAUAAUUAUGAAAUAAAUGAAUAGAAUUUAUAAGAAUUUAUAUAAUUAAAUAAAGCAAAAAAUUUUAUAAUUUAAAAAGAAACAGAGUAAAUUUAAGAGCUUUUUAUUUAAAAUAAUAUUAUAUAAUCUUUAAAAGCUGAAACUAUGA